AUGACUAGCAACACGACAGGCGACGAGAUCAAAGAGAAUCUCUAUAAGCUGUCUGUAGGUGCAUUCGUCCUCGAGCGAAACGGCGAAUAUCAAGGCGCAAUCGAGCUCCAUAGGAACUCUGUCGACAUUCUAGAGGCCGCGGCGGAGAGACUCAAGAAGAGCAAUGUGCGCAAGAUAUUCCGGAAGAUGUUUGAGCGGCAGGUGCAGCUUCAUCGAGAGCGACUCGCGUAUUUAGAGGGCCUUCAGCGUAAGGGUAGUUUUGAUGGAAUUGUCUUGCCGCCUUCGAGGAUGGGUCUCAUCGAGGAUUUGGCGAGAAAAGAUGAUACUAGCCCGUGGACAUUGUCUCAGCUCAGAAAAGCACUCCACGACUACGAGAAAGACGAGUCCCCUCACAAGGUGGUGCCUAGCCACCUGGAGCCGUUUUUGAACGCGUCCGAUUCAGCCCAGAUCCCAGCCUUCACUCCGAGUUUGUCGCCUUCGACUGAGAUUGUGACGUACCGCCUCUCGCACUCAUCAGAGCUGGUAGCCCUUGGCGUACGCUCUCACUGGUGGUUUGUUAAAGACUCGACCAGUACCCACGUACUAUACGCCCUCCAAGCGGUUUGGAGCCAAGAGGUCCCAAUCGUCGAAGCCAUCCUGCGACGCGCCGGCGAGUUUCUUCCCGAGAUGGGCGCCGUCAACAUCAGAAUCCGCAAAACAAAGGGAGGCAGCUUUCGCUUGGUGACGAGCACAGUCCCUCCGAAUACCGGCCAUAUCGUUGAGAUUCCCGACCGCGAAGCGCAAAGCAAAGACUGGUCUCCACGACGAUUUAACUAUGGUGGGCGUAACUUCGUGUGGAAGGGGCGUGUGGAUGGAAAGAGUGCAGACGGCGGCCUGUUCAAGUCGUUCGCUUGGGAGACGCUCUUUGAGACGAAACGCGUCUGGCCCAAGGAUGGAAGCAAGACGGGGAAGAUGGACGAUGAGACUGUAGGGCCGAAACUCUGCUGGGGAGAAAAGGGAGGCGGCAAUGGCGCGGACCAUUCCAUAUACAUGGUUGGAGGUCUGGACCAGCAGUUCAGAGAGCAUCUGCUCGCUUCCCAGUUGGCGAGACUGGUGCGCUGCAGCUAUCCUCCGCAGAAGGACGUCAAAGGGGUCGAAGCGGCAUCGGCGGGUUUGAGUGUAUUGGCCCUGGCGGAGGUGCUUUCCUGA